AUGGCUUUGAUUGUGGAUCAACAAUCAACCUUCAAGCACUUUUGUAAAAUCUGCAAAAAAGGUUUUGGUUGUGGAAGAGCUCUAGGAGGUCACAUGAGGGCACAUGGCAUAGGUGAUGAAACGGGGCACAUGGAUGAUGAUGACCCUGCAAGUGAUUGGGAAGAAAGGCUCGGUGGUGGUAACGUUCCACCAAGCAACAAGCGCAUGUAUGCUCUAAGAACAAACCCUAACAGGCUAAAGAGUUGUAGGGUUUGUGAGAAUUGUGGCAAAGAGUUUUUAUCUUGGAAAUCUUUCCUUGAACAUGGGAAAUGCACCUCCGAGGACGCCGCAGAGUCCCCGGUGUCCUCUCCGGGCUCCGACGCAGCCGAUGAUAUCAUUGACGACGACGGGAUCCGGAGAGGAUGUGGUGGUUGGUCCAAAAGGAAAAGAUCAUUGAGAACCAAAGUUGGUAGCUUCAAUUAUAAUUGCCCUUCAAGCGAGGAAGAAGACCUUGCAAAUUGUUUGAUGAUGUUAUCCAAUGCCAUUGUUGAUCCUCUUGUAGCUGAACCCGAAGAGUCAUGUGCCUCAGCUAGCAAAGAUGAAGACCGAAGAAACCCCAUGAAUAACUUCAUUCCACCAUUGUCAUGCAGAGUUCCCAUUGAUAACAACAACAACAACAACAAGGCCAAAGGUGUCGCAAAAGGGUUAUUCGAAUGCAAAGCUUGUAAGAAAGUUUUCAACUCUCAUCAAGCAUUGGGAGGACAUAGAGCAAGCCACAAGAAAGUUAAGGGUUGUUUUGCUGCAAGACUAGACAACAACCUUGAUGAUAGUCUCGCAACAACAGAAGAUGAUGUCAUAACACAUGAAGAGUUCUUCCCUACAAAAUCAAACUCAACGCAACUCCAAUUUGAUCAUCAUCAUCAUGGUUCUAAUAACAACCCCACAUUGGCCUCUUCCUCUAAGAAGAAAUCAAAAGUUCAUGAAUGUUCAAUUUGUCAUAGGAGUUUCUCUUCCGGACAAGCAUUGGGUGGACACAAGAGGUGCCAUUGGAUCACAUCAAAUGCACCAGAAACAUCAACAUUGGCUAGGUUUCAACAAUUUCAAGACCACAUGGAUCAAAUACCAAAAUUUGAUAGCUCUUCUGAACCACUUGAUCUCAAGCUAGACCUUAACCUUCCAGCUCCAACCAAUGACCUUGCAAGAAGGAAUGUGUCCACAGAAAUUUACUUGCAGCCAUGGGUUGCAACAACAAAGGAUGUUGUUGUUAAAGAUGAUAAUAGUAGUCAAUGUCAGAGUCACCAACACCAUAAUCAAGUUGACAAUGACAAUGAUGAGGAUAAAAAUAAUAAUAAUAAUAAUAAUAAUAACUCCUACAAUGCUAGUUUGAUGCAGAAUGGGGAUAAUGAAGCUGAUAGUAAGAUCAAGUUAGCAAAACUAAGUGAGCUUAAGGAUAUAAACAUUGGUGGCAGUUCUUCACCAUGGUUGCAGGUUGGAAUUGGUUCAACAACUACUGAUGUGGGGACUGAUCACUGCUGA